AUGUCGUCGUCAGGCACCACCAGAGAGUACCGCGGCCCUUCCAAGAAGCGCCUCUACCUCGCGCACCCGGAGCCCGACACGUACCUCACCCGUCGGCGCAUCACGCGCUUCAUCCCGCCAUCGCCGCCUCCUCCCCCUCCGCCCGUCAUCUGCGAGCCGCCGCCGCCGCCUCCCCCUCCGCCGAUCGUCGAGCCGCUCCCGGACCCCAUCCCCGAGCCGCCGUGCAUCGAUCCGGAGCCCCCCAUCGAGGUCAUCGCCGUCGACGUCGACCCGCCCGAGCGCCGCCGCCGCCGCCACAAGCACCGCUCCCGCUCCCACAGCCACUCCCGCCGCGAGACCCGCGAGAAGGAGGUCUACAUUGAGCGCGACCGCUUCGUCCCCGUCCCCGUGCCGGUCCCCGUCUGCGAGCAGCCCCGCUACGAGACGUACCGCUACGUUGAACCACCUCCCAGGCGCCCGGCCCUGCCGCCGCCGCCGCCGCGCCGCAGGUCCCCGGUCGAGGAGGAGCAACAGCGCAUAACCAUCAACAUCGACGACCGCCACCGGUCGCGCGAGUACUACGACCGGUAA